AAUUUCGUUGACGAUUUGAGGCGAGCAUUAGUGAGGGUGUGGUGUGGGUGAAGAGAGAGAUCCUCGGGUUGAGAGCAGAAUUAGAGACUGCGGCGAGUGAAUAGGAAGGUGCGAAAGGAGGAGAUGGAAGUGUGCGUGUGCGGAGGAGGAUACUUGUUCUGGAGGAAGGAGUAUGUUGUGCAUCUCGGUGUAGCUGGGAUCGUGUAUAGCCUUGAUCCUAAGCGGUGGAGUGUUUUAGUGUGAGCUUUGAAUUAAUCAAAGUUUGAAGAAAGACGGGAGGAAUCAAGAUGGAGCUUUUGACCACCAUAUGGCGAGCGCUGCUCUUCAUUCCAGUUUGUUUCGUACUGUUUUUGCUCGGCGCUGCGAAAGGAAUAAUUGUAGGCCCUAUUUCCUUUGUGGUGCUCGUCGUCGGUUUUACGGCCGUGACAGUAGGUCUAUGGCCUAUGCACGUGGUGAUGGCUUACUACACAAUUGCGAAGACCAAACAACUGGGUAGAAGUGCAAAGGUGUUGUCAUUUUUAUCUCUACCCUUACCUUUCAUACUAUGGCCCGUUGCUUCCAUCGCCGCUUCCAUCCUCGUGGGGUUAGGCUACGGCUUCGUCACGCCUCUGGUAGCAACUUUUGAAGCGGUUGGAGCUGGGAGAGAAAAGAAAACAUAUCAUUGCCUUGUGGAUGGCACGUGGAGCACACUAAAAGGAAGUUGUACUGUUGUUCGGGAUUUCACGGAUUUAGCUUUUCAUUCUUACGUAGACUAUCUUGCAGACUUUCGAGAGAAGCCUCCAAAAGAUGGUCGGCCUUACGAUAUUAAGUGGUUAGAAGUUCCAGGUUGCAUAUUUGUGGCAGUGCUGGGUGUCCUGGUGGACGUUCCAGUCAUGACAGCUAUUUCUUUUGGAAAAAGUCCUGUCAUGCUACUGAAGGGAUGGCAGCGACUGCUCAAAGAUCUAUGGGGACGACAAGGGCCUUUUCUAGAAGCUGUUUGCGUUCCUUUCGCCGGUCUGGCCAUCGUUCUGUGGCCGCUGGUGGUGGUCAUAAGUUUCCUCUGUGCGGUACUUGCAAGUCCUUUCUUGGGGCUGUAUGGGGCGGUUGUGGUAUAUCAGGAGCGGUCAGUAAAGAGUGGUCUAGCUUACAUAGUGAGUGUGAUAGCUCAGUUUGAUGAGUACACAAAUGAUGUGCUUCACUUGAGCGAGGGUUCUUGUUUUCCGAGGCCCAAGUAUCGAAGCCAUGAUCAUAACUCCGGACCAGAUGUAGUUAUGCCGAAGAGUUCUCCAGUUCAACAGAAAGCAGUUUAUGAUUUAAGAUCUGAGCAACCAAGUCCACAGCCAGGUCAGCUGGAUAACUCGGGGGUAUUGAAAUCCAUAAACGAACAGAAACGUGAAGAGGAUACUUCUCCUUCAACUUCUCGGCAAAUGAAAACUACAUCAAAUUUAUCACAAAUGACACUUGCUUCACGAUCGCUUAGACAGACUCUUCAAGAAGUGAAACUUGUUCAGAUCUGGGAUAAUUUGUUCAGAAAUAUGGACAGUAUUGGCAAGGAACUAGUUCUUGGAGGAAUUAUAAAAGUUGCAGAUUUAGAGGAAUGGAUUCGAGCGCCUAAAAGAGACAAGAGCAGACUUCUCAGUGUUGGUUUGCCUGCUUAUUCUUCCUUAAGCACGCUUCUCUAUUCAGCCAAGGCUGGUGUUUCGGGGCUCUUAUUACAUGAUGGGACAGAAGUGACGGUGUUUAAUAGGCCUCAAGAUCGCGUGGCUGAUUGGCUGUUUGAGCCUCUUCUGGUUUUAAAGGAGCAGCUUAGAGCUGCUAAACUUACAACGAACGAAGAGCAGUACAUUAAAAACUGGAUACUUACAUCCGGGGAUCCAGAAAUGAUGGAAACUUGGCAAAAUGGUGGCAUAGAACCAGAAGAUAAUAUACGGAGGGGCGAAUUACAAGCUAUGUGUCGGAGAUUGCAGGGUAUAACUGUAUCCUUUUCAAGGCUCCCAACGUUUCCACGUCGAGUGCAAAAGUACAUCAAGAAUCUAUUAAUGUUUGCUCAGACUACUCAUCUGCCAUCAAACCCCUUACCAGCAAAUUUGCCAUCGAUACCUGAUCCUGUUGGAGACGAAGCAGUUUAGUUAGCUACUUGCGCCCGCCCGCGCCUAUCCCCGCUUCCCUUCAACGAGAUUCAUUGUCAUUUUUAGUCAUUAACAUCCGGCAGAUUGUUUCUUAGGCCAGUCCUUUUGUAGAUUAUUAGUAUUCAAUUCAUUAAUUGUUGGCAAAUGUACAUGCGAAUAAAGUACAAGCAAGAAGUCCCAGUCCCGUGUCCACCGUCUUCUCCGCACCUCUCUACUGAGAGCUGUCUAUGUGGAAUAGAAAAAUUUCGCAGUGGCAUCAACAACACCCCAGCAUCCUCGUGUAUGUUUGAUUUAUAUGG